GCUAGCGGGUCGGACUUUUCAGCAUCAGGGCUGUCUUGGCCAAGCCCGCGAGAUGCGAGCGAGCGAGCGCCUGGCCAGGGUCUUUUUUGUCAUCGGGUUUUGUCCCCCUUUGCUUUGCGAUCUGGACGUUUAAAAAACCUGCUACCUGGCGCAUAGCCCCAGCUGGCACUUGACGCCAAAAAUGGAUCGAUGCCGCCAGCGGUCGUGGCGUAGCAAACCCGCUCCUCUCAGGCUGAAGAAUUCUUUGUGUCCUGCUAGCGCUACAACAGCGAUUGAGCCCUUCCCAAUCGGGAAAAUUUGCAGAGACACCCAAUCCUUCCCGAUUCCACCACCCCAGAUCCCUGCCGCGUUGAACCUCGAAUCUGCGGAGACGGCACAUAUUUCAUCGUUGCCUCCUUUUUUUUCUUUCCCUCACCUCACGAUACCCCUAUUGUUCCUUCUAGGUUCCAGCCUCACCUCCGACUGACAAAGCAGCUCGACGGCGGACGAACUAGGUAUCAACGCGCCACAGGACAUAGGCAGCAGGCGCAGAGCAGCUGAGAAGGAGUGCGCCUCUCGAGAUCUCACCCUUUGCCAAGGGGUACUAGAAGAUACAGACCAACACUCAGGCAGGCAGAUACCGAAAGAGUCCUCUAGCCCCAUCCAGUCACCAGACGCUGCGGAAGGAUGAGCGCGGGACGCAACAGCAUGGAUGGUAGAGGUGUGGCGGUCCCUGCGGACAUGACGACAUUCAGCCCUACCAGUCUAUCGUCGGCUCCCUCUCCGAGAGCCGCGACACCUCCAAGCCCUCGCGAGGAUAGCAGGCCUGCUAUAAAGAAGGAGCGAGAGCCCGGGUCCUGUAGGAGUUCCCGCUCACCAUCACCAUCAAGCAACAGCAACCACAGCAACCAAAACAAGCAAUCUCCGACGCACGCCUCCUACUCCUCCACAGCACUCAACCCAUUCAACCUCCUACUACAAUCCAUCACCCACACGAAACCCAGCAUCAACGACACCAUGUCUUCUCAGGGCGGCUCCGGUUCCGGCUCGGGCUCGGGCUCGGGUGGCUCGCAGUGGAACCCCAUCCUCUCCCAUGGCUCUGCCAUUGGCAUUGUCAAACCCAAUGUUGUCUUUGACGUCUACGGCAACCCCCAGGGCUCUUCGGGCGGAUCAGGCCGCGGGUCUUCUUCAUCGGGCUCGAACCGCGGCUCGUCUGGUGGCGGGUCCAGGCGCUGAGCGCAGGCUUCUCUAUCAUACUCGGCGCUGGCCCGGAAUAGCCAGGAUGGGCAAGACUGCCAACCCCCUCGGUGAUCUUGCCUGAUCCCAUCCGUGGCUUCACCGAACCCUUUUUUUCUUCCCGACUAUUACUCCAGCAACUCGAUCUUGUCAGCACACGCGGAACGGAACAUCUUUAUGACUUAGCGAUUUUCUGCCUUGUCUCAAGCCUCUGUCGUUCGUUUCCAGCAUUCCGGAUGACUUUCCUUCACACACUAGCUUAUUCCCUUGCACCACCCUCAACCUCAUCACCCGAACCUGUAAAGACUGGUUCUUUGCCCAAUAUCCAGAUCCAGAGAUAUGGCGUGCAAAUAACGGCUAAUUACCGCCGCAAGGUUUCUUGGGCCUUGAUCUGAGUUUCCCUGCCUCUCUUUGAUUUCUCUUGGGGAAUCGUUUAGGGUUUAUUCGGACAAGGUGCCUAGGGAAAAGGUGCCUAAUCACUGGAUCUUUGGCUGCCCUCCAACUAGAUUGCAUUUAUUUUGUAUUCCCUCUUACUUUCUUGCACUCCUUCCAUUUCUUUGUACCGACACUCGCUAGCGAGUCUCUGCAUGGCAUCUUUAUAGAUAGGCAACGUCCAGACGUACCAUUAGAAUAGCCCAUAGCAAUCUCCUACACUAUCAUUUUCCUCAA